AUAGUACAACUUUUUUCUUGAUAUGCUCCAACAUAAGUAUGGAGACUUGUAGCAAACCUUAAUUAUGUAUCCUCAAGAGAGAGCAGUCUCAUUGUCUCCUGUUCUCCAUGUUUAGGAAAUGUAAAAAGAUCUUGUUACAACUUAUGGCAAUUUACUUUGGUCAUCUCCUUUGAUUUCUCUCAACUCAUCAAGAAACAAAAUCUCUGAUCAAUUUCAGAGGUAGAAACAACAUGUUGAAGUUCUUGGGCUGGAUUUUUGGCCGAAAAGACACACCAGAAUGUCAAUCUGAUCCUAACCAUGAAAUUGAAAUCUUGGGCACAAGUUAUGUAGAUAAAAGUAACGCAACUAAAAAUCAAAAGCACCCCUUUUCUGAUAUUCAUCAGAUUCAUACAAGUUAUGAUCCUUUCCGGGGUACUCAUCACCUAGGCCAUAAUCAAAUGUUUAAUUGCUUGGAUUCCUCAAAUAUAUCAUCGAACUUUAAGGAUAGAUCAUCUACUUUAAGGACCGAGGCAGUGGUAGUUAGUAGUUCUUCAGAUAGUAAAUCAGAGAAGGUUAUUGAUGAUUCUCAUAGCAAGCCUAACACUAGAGUAGGAGCAUUUGAGCAUCGGUUAAUAGAUCAAGAGUUAAGCAGCAAGCAUAGGUUGCAUUCGUCCCUUGACUCUUCUUUGGUUUCCUAUCCAUCUUCAUAUGAGAAACCCCUAUCUUCUCCGAAAAUUUCUCCAAUCUUCAAACCAGUUUUGUCUUCAGAUUCGUGUAGCUCAACAACCCAACAGAACAAAACCAAGUACAUCUGGGUUGAGAAGGGUGCAUUACCUCUGUUCACUGUUCCGGAGGAUAUCAAAGAUUUGAUUAAGAGAGAUAUUGUACCAGAAGUUCUCAAGAAGCCUUUGUCACCUUUGACAUAUAAGGAUUACUUUGCAGCUCUGCUUUACUCGGAGGACUACUAUAUUGAGAAAUGGGAUGGGUUCGAAAUGGAGAAUGUAUCCAUGGAGGUGAAAAUGAAGAAUGUUUCUCUGGAGCUGCACAGGGCAGAGAUACAUCGAAGAAAUGGGAAAUCCAAGAACUUGUGUAGUAGUGAUGACAAUGAAAAUAGAACCUUUGUGCAAUUUGAAAUGGAUUCCAUUCCUGAGAAGAGGCCUUUCCUUUUAUCUAAAGACUUUGCCUAUGUACGGCCAUCAGACACAGAUGACACACCAUUCAAGGGUAUCAUCUAUCGCAUUGAAAAGAGCAAGCAUAUAUUGGUUGAGUUUGACAAAGGAUUUUAUGAUCAGCAUUACUCAGAGUGCAAAUAUGAUGUUAAAUUCUCAUUAAAUAGGGUCUGCCUAAAACGGGCUCACAAAGCGGUUGAAGCUGCAUCAGAUGUGGUGGUCAGGAAUUUCCUCUUCCCCGACAUCAUUCCAAGAAGUAACAAUGUUUCUUUGGAGGAGCUUCAUCCGUUGCAUCUGACUUUUAAACGAGAACAAAUCUGUGCUGCAGAGGAGAUUAUAAUGCAUCAGAGACCAUUUCCUUAUCUCGUGGAAGGACCACUUUCUGUAAGUAGAGUAAGGAAUAAAUUGGUUUCCAAAGAAACAUUGACAAGUACUGGAAAAGUGAUUCAAGAUGCAGUGCUUCAAUUAUUAAGGAUCUCUCCACUAAAUCGGAUACUAAUAUGCGCACCUUCAAACAGUGCAUGUGAUGUGUUCAUGAUAAACCUGCAGAAAGAAAUUCCUAUAUCGGAUAUGUUCAGAUCGAAUGCUGCAUUUAGAGGGUUGGAUGAGGUACCUGGUGACAUACUACCUCAUUGCCCGUAUGAAGAAGAAAAAGAGCUUUUUCCUUGUCCUCCACUUGCAGAACUCCGAAAAUUUAGAUUAAUCUUGUCAACUUUCAUGAGUACAUUUCGGCUACACCACGAGGGGCUACAAGCAGGACACUUUAGUCACAUCUUUCUUGUGGAUGCUUCGUCUGCAGUUGAGCCAGAAACUCUGGUGCCUUUGUCCAAUCUUGCAAACGAGAACACAGUCGUAGUAGUUACUGGUAAACCAGGUAACUGUCCCAGAUGGGUUCGCUCCAAAAUUGCAAGGAAUAAUGGAUUAAGGACAUCUUACUUUGAAAGACUCCGGAAUAGUGAACUGUACAUGACCCUCGAUCCGCAAGUUAUAUCACAGCUGAGUCUGACUGACUAGACUCAGACUCAAUCCCAACUGACUUUCCCCAACUCAAGAAUGGCUGGUCUGACAGAGCAUCUGAACAUGUCACUUGUGUAUUCUAAUUGUGCUUGUUACAUCUGUUUUUCCCUUGAUUGGGUUUCUACUUUAGAACUUUCUAAACUGGUUUGAAGUUGUGUAUGGUCUUAUGGAGCUUGUUCAAUUUAGACUAUUUUCUAG